CACUUUGAGACUUGCGAGAGAUAGCCAAAAAAUAAUAAAAAUAAUAAUAAUAAUAACCAAAAAAAAAAAAAAAGAUUGGGGGUGAAAAAGCAAUGGAGAAAGGGGAAGAAGAGCUCAGAAAAAUGUCAACCCAAAACCAGUCCGACAAUUGGAGCGAAGCAGUCGAAGACCUCGCAGCUGCUGGUGACAUCGAUGCCGCUAUCUCUCUCUUGGAAUCGGUGGUUUCGGAGCUAGAGGCCCAGGGCGCCACCGGGUCGGAUCCUCAGUUGGGUUCUGCUCUCACCGACAUGGCCAAGCUCUACUCCUCCAAAGGCUUCUCUCUCAAGGCCGAUCAAUUGUAUUCUCGCGCUUCACUCAUCCAAGGCAGACUCCUCCACUGCCCCACUUCUGGUGGUGGUGCAGGGACUCUAAUCAACGACUUAAAGAACGCGCCGCCUUCUAAUCAUUCGGUUGGCAAUGAAUCCUCAACCGAUGGGCGACUUGAAAAAACAAACAAAUUGCUGGUUGAUGCUUCGCCUUGCAAUGAAGCUUCGGAUGAUGAUUGGGAAGCAGUUGCAGAUCGUUCGCCUGAUAAAUUACUUUCCUCUGAAUGUUUGCCUGGAAUAUCAAAAGUUUCACUGGAAGAUACCAAACCUCAAGCCCCUAAACGGCGUGGAAGAGGAACAUUUUCAUACAAGAAACAUGAACUAUACAGUGAUCAUUUAUCCGAAUCCGAAAAGUCGAGUAUUGGUAAUGUAGACAAUGAAGAUGCUUGUUGUAGAUCAGAAGGUAGCACAGAGAUAAGAAAUCUUUCAUAUGGUACACAUCAUGUUCUUGUUGUUGCUGAUUUUCCGCCUAGUACAAGGACAAUAGAGCUAGAGAAGCUUUUUGACGACUUCAGAGAUCAUGGAGUUGUUAUUCGCUGGGUCAACGAUACAACCGCACUUGCAGUAUUCAGAACUCCAUCAAUUGCACUUGAGGCCAAGAAUCGCAUUAGGUGUCCAUUCACAGUUCGUAUACUUGAUGAUGAUGAUAGCCUUUCAAGCUCAAUCUCAUCAAAAGAUUUGGAACCUCCUAAGCAAAGGCCGAAGACAUCGGCAAGAACUGCUCAGAGGCUUAUAGCACAAGGAAUGGGAUUUAAAUUACCUUCAGCAUCCUUUGGGUCAAGAGAGUUGAGAAAACAGGAAGAGGAUAGAAGGGGCCGUAUUGUGAACAGGCAAAAAUUGAAAGAUGAUGCAUGGGGAGCAGAUUGAUGCAAACUAACCAGGAUGUCCAAAUAUGAUUUAAUCCCCUUAACCUUUGUGCUUUCUGCACUAUUUAACCUUCCCUUCAUUUUAACUAAUGGAAAAGUGGUUUAUGUAUUAUUAGUUUUGGACAAUUUUUUUGGUAUUAACUUUGUGCUCUAGCUGUCUUUCAUUGUAGAGAUAGAAGUUGAUAAUACUCUUUAAAGCUUUUGACA